UUCACUGACAUGACAACUCUCCGCUGCUCGGCGUAUCUCCGCUGUUAGAGGCUCUCCGGUGGUUCACACGUGGGGACUUUUAAACACACCGCCUGCUCUCUGAAAGACUUCAACCUUUUUCUAGGUUUAGGUCCAAAUCUGAGGAUGGCGAGUGAGGACGUGGAGCGGCUGUUGAUCCAGUUUCAGGAUGAAGCAGGGGAGGUUUUGGGUUCACCUUUUGACGUGCCUUUAGACAUCACCCAAGACAAACUACAGCUGGUCUGCAAUGCACUGCUGCAAAAGGAGGAACCGGUGCCACUUGCAUUCUUUGUGCGAGGAGAGGCUGAGGUGGUGUCCAGUCUCGGCUCGUGUGUGCAGGCUCUUGGGAUCGAGACAGAGCAAGUUCUGCCCGUGGUGUACCAGCCUCAGGCUGUGUUCAGGGUUCGAGCUGUGUCCCGCUGUACCAGCACGCUACAGGGACACACAGAGGCCGUCAUCUCAACUGCUUUCAGCCCCACUGGCAAAUAUCUCGCCAGCGGUUCAGGUGACACCACAGUGCGUUUUUGGGACUUGACAACAGAGACGCCCCACCACACUGCCAGAGGACACACACAUUGGGUACUGAGUAUCGCCUGGUCACCUGACGGCAAGAAGCUGGCUUCAGGGUGCAAGAACAGUCAGAUCUGUCUGUGGGAUCCAGUGACAGGCACACAGAUGGGGAAGACACUGACGGGACACAGCAAGUGGAUCACUUGGCUCAGCUGGGAACCUCUCCAUCUUAACCCAGAAUGUCGAUACUUAGCCAGUAGCUCAAAGGACGGCUCAAUACGUGUGUGGGACACUGUGCUGGGGCGCUGUGAGAAGAUCCUGACUGGACACACGCAGUCAGUCACCUGUGUGAAGUGGGGAGGAGAUGGACUUCUUUACACUUCCUCCCAGGACAGAACAGUCAAAGUCUGGAGAGCCAAAGAUGGUGUCCAGUGCAGGACUCUGCAGGGUCACGCCCACUGGGUGAACACCCUUGCUCUCAGCACAGACUACGUCCUGCGCACCGGAGCAUUUGAACCUGCAACUGCCACGGUCAACCCCCAGGACCUCCGUGGAUCAUUGGACGAGCUGAAGGAGAAAGCUCUGCAGAGAUAUAACACAGUUAGGGGUUCAGCUCCAGAGCGCUUGGUAUCUGGCUCAGAUGAUUUCACCUUGUUUCUGUGGAACCCUGCAGAAGAAAAGAAACCUCUGGCCAGGAUGACUGGCCACAGCGCUCUAGUCAACGAAGUGCUCUUCUCCCCAGACACGAGGCUCCUCGCCUCCGCCUCAUUUGACAAGUCCAUUAAAAUCUGGGACGGACGCACUGGGAAGUACCUACUGUCCCUACGCGGCCAUGUGGGAUCUGUGUAUCAAGUGGCGUGGUCAGCAGACAGCAGGCUUCUGGUCAGUGGCAGCAGCGACAGCACACUGAAAGUUUGGGACAUCAAGACUGGGAAGCUGAACAUGGAUCUGCCUGGCCACGCUGAUGAGGUCUAUGCAGUGGACUGGAGUCCAGAUGGACAAAGAGUGGCCAGUGGUGGAAAAGACAAAUGUCUCAGAAUAUGGAGAAGAUAGCCACGUGUCUUCUCACAUCUUCUACAAACAAGACGCCGACAGCUGGAGCAGAGGCGGCUAGGCUGUACCUAAUCCUCUAUUUGGCUCCAUUACACUGUCUGGACACAAUGGCAUUGUGUCAAGAAGCCCUGACCAAGUCAUGAUCCAAAUGCCCUCUCCAGGUUUGAAAUCCAUGUGGGAACAUUAACACCGUAUAGGUGUUUAGCAGAGUGGGAAUGUAAAAGAGAAAUUCCAUCCAUUAAGAUUACUGCAAGUGGAAGCUACACUGUAAAAUGUGCAUCAGUGUUAGCAACUUAAUUGAAAGGGUUUCCAUUCAGGUGCAUAUUGUUUUGUACACAUUAGGGGCACUGAUAUGUAAAUAACUUCCUCUAAGUUUAAAGCCUUAUCAUAGUGCCACACCUAUAUGCAGAUAUAUGUAUUUAAAUUUACAUUUAGAAUAUAUAUUCUAAAUAAAUUAGAGGGAUUAAAUUAGGAUGAAGUGCAGGUGACAGGUGGGCCAGUGAGGCAACAGGUGCAAGCGUUUUAAUACCUUCUCUGUGAUGUUAAUGCCGACCACGCUCAAUCUGCACCAUCAGCCUUUAAUCUCCUCUGCCCUGUGGUCAGCAAAGCCUCAGCCUGCUGAUUUUUCUGACGCUGCUGUAAAGCCAAGUGUCACCAGCUCUGAGCUCCCUGAUCCUCCAUCCCAUUGAGGAAAAACAAGGUUCACCAUUACAGUCAGAAUAGCCUGUUUUAUUUUCUGUAUUGAACAAGCUUUGUGAAUAUUUGAUAUGAAUAAAUAUUUACACCAUAACUUUAACACAAAACAAGAGGAAUUUGUACUUGCAUUUUUUUUACCUGCUUGACCUCAAAGAAGCAGCUUCAAAUUUAAAUGUUCGCUGCAAAUUAUUAAGCAUAUGCUUGGGGCGGGGGUUUAACAGUGGUUUUAACCAACAAGUAAAGCAUGAUUUAUGUUAAUUUUAUGUUAACCAGAGUCUUUAUGGAUCUAUAGGACUGUAUGGCAUGUCGUCUACUUCCAAUUCAUUUUAUAACAGAUUCUUUAUUUUGAAAAUCAAAAGCUAAAAGAAAAUUAAUCUUAGCUUUGUUUUUCUCACCAUACAGAUAUAUGCUGUGUAAUUGAGGCUUUUAGAUAAUUUGUCAUGCAACAGUAACAGUUUUAUCUCUAUUUGCAUCCUGCACAGAUACAUAAAGACAAAAUCGUUUUCUGACAUUUUAAAAGCAUUAAUUUCAAUGUUACUGCAAAUCUAGGUGUCAUUUACACUGGACACACUGGGGACAUUUCCCUCAACACUUUAAAGCAUAAAUUCUGAAAAAUGUUCUGAAAUAUAGCUUGCACUAAGAGAUGUUAACUAACAAAUGAGCAUGCUUUGGGGAAUGUUUAUUAGCACAUAAGAAAACAUUUCAACUCUGACCUCAUAAUUAUCCCCCAUUACAUUGCCUAAAAUUGUUGAAGACAGUUUAAAAAAAAAAGUUUUUCAUUUUAGCCCUUCAAUCUCCAUCUCUUUCCAACAUAAAGUGAUGCAGGCGAUGUGCGGGACAAGAUAAAUACAUAAGAAAAAGUAAUUGUCCCUUAUUGAAAGCAGAGCUCACUCAUCAAAAUGUAAACGUUUAACUCCUACUAUAGAAUCUAAAAUUAGAUAUAUCUGUCUUAACACACUUCCAGAGCCACACAGAUCGUAUUUAUCAGUUUAUUGAAACAAUGUUAUGUCUAGUUAUGUUUCUUCAGAGGUUUCCACAUCUAAUCAUGUAAAACAUACU